CAGGGCUUACUGUGGGCUUGUCCAACUCAACACCUUCAUAUGUUUCUGAAUAUAAAGUUGUGUAAGGGGGUGAGAAGAUAGUUCCCCCAGUACAACGUACACCUUACCAUGUAUCUGAGCCUUGGCACCACAUUGGAGCACCAUGGACAGCACCACGGGUGUUCUAUGGAUGAUGGAGUGGUCUUGGGGUGUGUUGCCUCUCUUAAAAAAAAAAAAAAAAAAAGACCAGAGUUCACUCAGGUAUCAUUUCCCAGCAUUGUGUUAAAAUAAUAACAACAACAAUAAUAGAGGUUAAGGUGUCAUUGAGAACUAGGGACAUAGAGGGCUCACAGAGUGUUACAGAUAUGACAAACACCAUUGUAGGUACAUAAAUGGUAAUCAGACAUCCAUGUCUUCUUAUUCUCCAGGCAUAGUUAAAAGUAGUUCCUCCUUUCACUUUCAAAUAUGUUCCACUUUGAAAGAUAGAUUAUAUGUGUUGCAGAAGUUUGGGGGCACCGAUAAAAGGCAUUUAACUCUGUUUGGCAGACUUCAGAGAUGACUUCCUGUGAGAAGGUGCUUUGUGAACCUAAUGUUGAAGAAUUUGUAGGAAGAGUUGGGCCACCACAGAGCAUGUAAGCAGGAGCUGGUGACAAAUAGCAGGGUGCUAGAAAACUACUCAGAUGCUCCAAUGACACCAAAGCAGAUCCUGCAGGUUAUAGAGGCAGAAGGACUAAAGGAAAUGAGUGGGACAUCUCCUCUUGCCUGUCUUAAUGCCAUGCUACAUUCCAAUUCAAGAGGAGAGGGACUCUUUUAUAAAUUACCUGGUCGAAUCAGCCUUUUCACACUGAAGAAGGACGCUCUGCAGUGGUCUCGCCAUCCAGCUACAGUAGAGGGAGAAGAGCCAGAGGAUACAGCUGAUGUGGAGAGCUGUGGGUCUAAUGAAGCCAGCACUGUGAGUGGUGAAAAUGAUGUAUCUCUUGAUGAAACAUCUUCAAAUGCUUCUUGUUCUACUGAAUCUCAGAGUCGACCUCUUUCCAAUCCCAGAGACAGCUACAGAACUUCCUCCCAGGCAAACAAGCAAAAGAAAAAAACUGGGGUGAUGCUGCCUCGAGUUGUCCUGACUCCUCUGAAGGUAAACGGGGCCCACGUGGAAUCGGCAUCAGGGUUCUCAGGCCGCCACGCCGAUGGCGAGAGCGGCAGCCCGUCCAGCAGCAGCAGUGGCUCUCUGGCCCUGGGCAGCGCUGCUAUUCGUGGCCAGGCCGAGGUCGCCCGGGACCCUGCCCCGCUCCUGAGAGGCUUCCGGAAGCCGGCCACAGGUCAAAUGAAGCGCAACAGAGGGGAAGAGAUAGAUUUUGAGACUCCAGGGUCCAUUCUCGUCAACACCAACCUCCGGGCCCUCAUAAAUUCUCGGACCUUCCACUCACUGCCAUCCCACUUCCAGCAACAGCUUCUUUUCCUCCUGCCUGAAGUGGACAGACAGGUGGGGGCAGAUGGCCUGCUGCGUCUCAGUAGCAGUGCACUGAACAAUGAGUUUUUUACCCAUGCUGCUCAGAGCUGGCGGGAACGGUUGGCUGAUGGUGAAUUUACCCAUGAGAUGCAAGUCAGAAUACGACAGGAAAUGGAGAAGGAAAAGAAGGUAGAACAAUGGAAAGAAAAGUUCUUUGAAGACUACUAUGGACAGAAAUUGGGAUUGACUAAAGAAGAGUCAUUGAAGCAGAAUGUGAGCCAGGAGGAGGACCCUGAAAUCAAGAGUAAUUUGCGUGUCCCAGGAGAUUCAGUACGGCCACAGCGUGGUCCCACCACCAGGCAGCGAGACGGACAUUUCAAGAAACGCUCUCGGCCAGAUCUCCGAACCAGAGCCAGAAGGAAUCUGUAUAAAAAGCAGGAGUCAGAACAAGCAGAGAUUGCAAAAGACACACAGUCUGUGGCUCCAGACACCCCUGUCUGCAAUGAUGGGGAGGCUAAAACUGACUCAGCAGGGGUGAGCAAUCCCCACCUGCCAGGUACAUCCUCUGCAACUCCUGACUCAGAGGGGCCUGAAUUCCUGGCCAAACCUGUGGCUUCCCAGAUCCAAACCAACCUGGAUAGCCGGGUACAUGCCUCUGCAUCUCCAGACAGAAUUCCCAGCUUGCCUCAGGAGACUGUGGAUCAGGAACCCAAGGAUCAGAAGAGGAAAUCAUUUGAGCAGGCGGCCUCUGCGUCCUUUCCCGAAAAGAAGCCCCGGCUUGAAGAUCGUCAGUCCUUUCGUAACACAAUUGAAAGUGUUCACCCCGAAAAGCCACAGCCCACCAAAGAGGAGCCCAAAGUCCCGCCCAUCAGGAUUCAACUUUCACGUAUCAAACCACCCUGGGUGGUUAAAGGUCAGCCCACUUACCAGAUAUGUCCCCGCAUCGUCCCCAUCACAGAGUCCUCCUGCCGGGGUUGGACCAAUGCCAGGACCCUCGCAGACAUUAAAGCCCGUGCUCUGCAGAUCCGAGGGGCAAGAGGCCACCACUGCCAUCGAGAGGCAGCCACCACUGCCAUCGGAGGGGGGGGUGGCCCGGGUGGAGGUGGCGGCGGGACCACGGAUGAGGGAGGUGGCAGACACAGCGACAGUGGUGAUGGUGGUAAGACCUGUGGCCACUGUGAGCCCGGGGGAGGCCCAAACACCCCUGGAGAGUGUGCGUCAGAUCUACAGCGAACACAACUACUGCCGCCUUGUUCUCUAAAUGAGGAGCAUACCCAGAUUGGAACUGCCAUAUCCAGUGUCAGAAGAGAGGACCAGGCUUCUCUCAUAAAGGAGGAGAGCUGUCCGUUACAGAGAGUUCCUGACAUCCUUAUCAAUGGGCUGGAAGAUGCCUCCCAACUCCCUACUGUUCUGACUGGGGACCAGCCAUGCCAGGCUUUGUCCCCACUGUCCUCAAAAACCCCAGUACCUGAGAAUUUAGUUGAGCAGCUUCCCUUGCAUCUAGAUGUUAGAACUGAAUGUGAGUUUGGUGCUACUUCCUGGGAAAAGGAUGACAAGCAUAGACCCACUGUUCCCCCAGAGAAGAGCCCUAUUCAUUCUCAAAUGAGUGUUGUACUAGAAGGAACAGGCCCAGCUCUGAAUGGUGACUGUCAUCCCACUGUGAAGGAGUCUGUGAAUGUGACCCCUAUUACCAUCCCUGAACCAUCAUUGACUGGUUGCCUGCAGGACAGACAAUUUGAUGAUGAAUCAGAGUUUGGUGGCUCAUGCCCACCCCUGACAGAAAGUGCUGCUAGGCAAGAAAACUUGAAAACCGAAGCUCUUGUCUCUGCCAGUGCUGCCCCGUGGGUGCCUAGCCUGUCAAAUGAUAAGGUGGUGCAACAGUCUGAACUUGACUCUGGAGAAGAUAGCCUAUCUGUUGAGCCUCAGGUUGGAGAGGAGCUGGAGAAAGCUGUUCCCCUUACUCCUCCUGCAUUGCCUGGUGGGUUGACAGUUGAGGAGACUAUAGACACCCCCAGCAACUUUCCUUCACUGUGGACCGUGCCAUCUCCAGGAUGCUCUGACAGUGCUGGCAGUGACUGCAAGCAUGGUGAAAGUGAAAGACUGAAAAUCAAUGGAGAUGGAGAUUCUGCAGCACUGAGUGAGUCUACAGACACAGCCUCUGACUUUGAAGGCCACCUCUCUGAGGACAACAGUGAAGUUGACCUUAGUGAAGCCCCAGUAACGAAGAUAUUGCCAGUGGUAGACAAGGAUCAGAAAAAUGAUUGGGACCAAUCUGCUUCACUGUCCAAGGUUAACAGUGACCCGAGUCUGGUCUCAAGGACAAAUAGUAUAGUUGCUUCCCAGAGCUGGGUGUCUCGUGUAUGUGCAGUCCCCCAAAGGAUCCCAGACUCCCUGCUUCUAGCCAGCACUGAGUACCAGCCAAGACCUGUGUACCUGGGCAGGUCUGGGUCCUCAGUGGAGGCCACUAACCCACUGGUAAUGCAGUUGCUGCAGGGCAGCUUGCCCUUAGAGAAAGUUCUUCUUCCUGCCCACAGUGGCAGCAAACCCAAAUCCCCACAACUCCCACAUACUAAAGAACAGAGCUCCUUUGGCAUGAGAUCUUUGCAAGACCCUGGAGAAAACAGUUGUGUGGUUGGCAGGAGUAGCCUCAGUUCUCUAAGAGUUUUGAAAGAGCCUCUUGGACCUGAGAGUUGUGAAGCAGGCACUGGUCUUUCUCAGCUAGAGGCCACCCAAAAGACAUCUAAGAUAAUCCCGUGUUUAGACUCCCUAUGUCCAGUGACAAAUACAGCAGCUGCCUCUGGGAAACUUGAAGUGGAAUCCAAAGAGCGUUUCUGUCCCUUUGGUUUUGAAGAUCAGAAGGAAGCUUGUGACCUGUCCCAGGGCAGUAAUUCAAAUGCUGCCAUAGGCAGAAGUCCAGGAAAUCUCACUACCUCGAGAGCCCCUUAUUUCUCAUCUCCAAAUGUGGUCUCCUUGGGUCCUGAUCAGACAGGUCAGACCUUGUGUAAUCAGAACAGUGUUGGAAGCCAAGGGAAGAAGCUCUUUGCCUCUAAGAACAUGUCUGCAGCCCUUCAGUGUCCUAGGCCAUUGGAGCCAGUGCCACUGCCCUCUGGUGCUCCUCCCAGCUCUACCCCUAGGAAGUUGGGGUUGAACAAGAACUCUGUGUCUGGUGGGGUACAAGCUGCCAGAGAAGACUGGGUUCCAAAGCCACCACCUGCCUCUGUCAGCACCGUCAAGAGUGAGAAGACUUUGGGGGGCGGUCUACUCAAGGCAAAUGCGGAGAACAGGAACACUGCUGGGCCUGGUGCUCGGGAGCUGGUGGAUCACUUGCCCUUUGUCCUUGACCUGCCCUUCUGGAAAUUACCCCGAGAGCCUGGGAAAGGUCUCAGUCAGCCUCUGGAGCCUUCAUCCAUCCCCUCCCAACUCAACAUCAAACAGGCAUUUUAUGGGAAGCUUUCCAAACUCCAGCUAAGUUCCACCAGCUUUAAUUACCCUUCCAGCUCUCCCACCUUUCCCAAAGGCCUUGCUGGAAGCGUGGUGCAGCUGAGCCACAAAGCACACUUUGGUGCAAGCCACAGUGCAUCACUUUCCUUGCAGAUGUUCACCGACAGCAGCACAGUGGAAAGCAUCUCUCUCCAGUGUGCGUGUAGCCUGAAAGCCAUGAUCAUGUGCCAGGGCUGUGGUGCGUUCUGUCAUGAUGACUGUAUUGGACCCUCAAAGCUUUGUGUAUUGUGCCUUGUGGUGAGAUAAUAAAUUAUGGCCAUGGGAAAAGUUGUACAUUUAGUGUGUGUAUUUUGAUAAUGAUUGAUCUUAAAUCUGUAUACAGAAUAUUAUUGAUACAAUAAACUGUCUCUUUGGGCAAGAGUAUUCUUGCCUCGCCCUAAAAUUUAUAGUGCUAGAGCCCCUCUGAUACUUACUGACCCUUCUGGUCUUACUGGAGGGUUUCCUGCAGGGUAGCUUGUUGGGCUGCCCAAGGCUAACCAGCCAGCCAGAGCUCUUACACAGACACAGCCUGGUGUGGUGGGGGGGAGUCUGCCUGACAACCUAGAGGGGCUUGAAGCUGAAGCAAGAAGGUUCUGUUCUCCACCAAGGGAACUAAUCUAUCCAAACUGAGUAGAAAUGUCAGUCUUCCAUUGGCCCCUUCCCUGCUGCCAUCUGCUAUUCUGUCUGGGGUAUUGAUGGCUGGGAAAGAAGCCAUCACAGGGUUACACUGACUCCCAGCAGUGCCCACCAGGGGGCUCAGUCACCUGCUGACCUCAGGGUCACAGUUCAGUCAUUUGCCAGUUGAUGGAGCCAUCUGGCCUUUGAUUCUAUUGCAGAAACCAAUUUGGAACUUUCCUGCUCUGGUACAAUCACUGGCCCUCAGGAGCUUUUGGAACCUUGAAUAGACCUGCUUGGACAGUGGGAGUUGAGGAUAGGGUCCUCUGUUUUCUUGAAAUGCCAUCUGUAGACCUUGUAAAGUCAGAUAUCCUGACAUUUGGCAGGUGACUUCCUCUGCUGACACCUUCCCUGCCACUUUGAACUCUAGAGGAGUAGGCAUCUCCAUGCACCUGUGUAUGUGAAAGUCAUUUUACAUUUCAAAGCAGUGUGUGUUUCUUAUUUUUAUAUUUUUAACUCUUUAUUCUUGGAUGUAUAAAGUGAACUUUUUGGCUUCUGUAAGUAUGCUCUAUGCACCUCUAAUGUUUGAUCAUGUAUUUAUAUGUUGUACACAGUACCGGCCAAUUCUGUAAAGGAUGUAUUGUACAGAGAACAUGACCAUGUCUCCCUUAUUUUAUGUCUUUGGCAUCAUUGCAUUAAAAUGGUGUAAUUGACUUUUUUUUUUUUUUUGUCCUAUCUUAUGUCAGAGCAACUAUGUGCUGUAUUGCCUGACAUGAGAGUGGAGUGAUUUGACUAGUUAUCUUCCAGGUUGGCCUGGUGCCCUGUGGUGGCCUCCAGAGCCAAUGUUAGUUUCCCACAAGCUACUGAGUAAAUACGUCUGUUUCUUCAGAUCUCUUUCUGUCUUCACUGGCUGCUUGUUGCCAUGUGUGACAAAUCACCACCCAGUGUUUAGUUCUUCUGAAUUUGAGAGUGAGUACUCUGGGCAGCCCCAUGCUGUCUUUUCCAGACCUGGCUCUAGGGCCACUGCCUGACAAUAUCUGGGACCAUACUUUCCUGAGACCAUGGGGCUCUUUUUUGAUGUACUUUUGACAGCAAGUUGGGGAAGUAGCAGCCAUUCCUGCUAACUGCCACUCCCCCAACAUAUUUUCAUCAAAUAGAUGUUUCUGUAGUUGUCUUCCCACACCCUGCUUCCUGCCUUACUUCUUACACUUGACUUGUGGCAGAGUUGAAAGUCCUUGUUUAACCUAGGUCUCUGUGUGUGGAUGCAUCUGUGUGAAGUAUAGAAUUAUAAAAUUAUGGCCUCAGGAAGUCCCAUUUCAUCUGAAAGUUCUCCUUCUGCCAUUUCAUCCAGUGGGGUGCUUUUUUCUUUUCUUUUCUCUUCUUUUCUUUUUGUCAUGCAAAGCAUGAGUGAAAAGUUGCCAAUGUGGUGGUGUUGAUUUAAAUGCAGUAUUGGCCAAGUCGUUAGCUUCCACAGUCAGUCUACCAAAGACAGGGAGCAGAGGCCCAAACAUAGCUGAUUCUCCUCUUCUUUCUGCUGAUACCUUUGGGGCCACUGUAGGGGUAUAGUUUGGAACUGGUCUGGUCCAUGGGGCUGCCCAGAAAAAGCACUGCUCUUGUAUGUCUCUUAUGGUAUUGGAAAAAUAAACCUGUACAAUCUGUA